AUGGAAAAGGCAAUAUGGUUUUUCGUUGCACUACUGUUUUCGUCAGUAAAUGGAGAUCCUGACCAAGCCAACAUGAUUGUUGAUAUCAUUCAAUCUGCUAACAGACCAUCAUCAGUGAUUGGAAAACUUUGCUGGACUCCUACUAAAAUAAUUCAACUAUACUCGGCACUAGUGCAGAAAAAUAUUCAAUUCAGUGCGAACCCUGGUUUGAAAAACGAUUACAUGCAGUUUCACGAUGAAGAGCAGCACAUCGUCAUUCUGGCUGAUCUCAAUUGUCCUGAUAUCGAAGAAUAUUUUGAAAUGAACAGUACAAGAAUCUUCUUCCGUGCACCAUUCCGUUGGAUUUUAUUUGGAGACUCUAGGGCCGUCAAUGAGGACAUAGUUCCAGAGGCCAUAGCUAAUGUAGAUGUAUUAAUUGACUCCCAAGUGUUGGUCUUACGGAGCAUUGACGAUAUAUAUGAAAUGCACUUCAUUUACAGAAUAAGUCCAACCAAUACAUGGAACAUAGAGUACUACGGAUCGUGGGACAGUAAAAAUCGAUUCCAAAAAUCAAAUCGAUUUCUAGACACCACAUCACUAAGACGACUCGAUAUAAACGCAUAUGAAAUUAGCAUUUGUUAUGUGCUGACAAACAACAAUAGCAUCAACCAUUUAUCAGAUGGAUUAGACGAUCACGUUGAUACGAUUACGAAGGUGAAUUUCCCCACGACCAACCAUUUGUUGGACUUCCUUAAUGCCAAAAGGAAAUAUAUAUUUGCUGAUACAUGGGGCUACAAGGUCAAUGGUACCUGGAAUGGCAUGACUGGUUACUUAGUAAGGGGUGAAGUUGAAAUUGGAGGAUCUCCAAUGUUCUUCACAUUUGAGAGAGUGUCAAUAGUCGACUACAUUUCGAGUCCAACGCCAACUCGGUCCAAAUUCGUGUUCCAACAACCAAAACUAUCGUAUGAGAACAACUUGUUUCUGCUGCCUUUUAAUACUACUGUCUGGUAUUGCACUAUUGCCUUGGUCUUCAUAAUAUAUCUCGUGCUCCUUCUGGUUACAAAGUGGGAAUGGAAGAAAACUAAGCAUAGUAUUGAAACGCGUGAAAAAGACGCUGGUGUACUAAGAGCUAAUGUCGUUGAUAUUAUCAUAUUGAUAUUCGGAGCUGCUUGCCAACAAGGAAGUCCGUCUGAACUAAAGGGAUCAUUGGGUCGUAUCGUAAUGCUGGUACUGUUUCUUGCUCUGAUGUUCCUCUAUACUUCCUACUCAGCAAACAUCGUCGCCCUUCUUCAAUCCAGUUCUUCUCACAUCAAAACUCUUGAUGAUUUGCUACAUUCCAGGAUCAAGUUUGGGGUUCAUGAUACGGUGUUCAAUAGAUACUAUUUCUCGACAGCAACGGAACCAGUAAGAAAGGCAAUUUAUGAGAAGAAAGUGGCUCCACCAGGCACCACUCCUCGAUUCAUGACUAUGGAUGAAGGAGUCAUACAAAUGCGCAAGGGACUGUUCGCAUUUCACAUGGAAACAGGUGUUGGUUACAAGUUCGUAGGAAAAUAUUUCAAUGAAGGAGAAAAAUGUGGUCUCCGUGAGAUCCAGUACUUGCAAGUAAUAGACCCCUGGCUAGCUGUAAGAAAAGACACUCCAUUUAGAGAGAUGUUCAAAAUAGGAACUUGUGAAGAUGCGAAUGCUUUCCUCAGAUGGGCCAGCGAAAACCUCAAGUUCAGAAAGUCGUACAGAUGGCUGAUUCUUGGAAAAACGUUAACAAUAAACGAUAGUACCCGUUAUGUUUCUCCAGAUUUCAACGACAUUAAGAUUUCAGUGGAUUCUGAGGUUAUAAUUAUUGAUGAAAAGGAAAAUUCGAAUGAAGUUUUAGUAUAUACCUUCUACAAAUUAAAACCACACACUGAAUGGAUUAUAGAAGACUACGGGACCUGGACACCUCAUACUGGCUUCACCAAAUCGAAGGAUAGAAUUGAAUCAAAUAGUGCAUACACAGCAGACGAUCCAAUUAAAAAAGCACUAGUUGAGACUAAGAUUGCACCUAAGGGUGUGCUAACCAAUGUUAUGGACAUUGAACAAGGAGUUAGGACAAUGCAAAAGAAACCAUUUGCCUUUAAUAUGAACACAGGCACCGGUUACAGAAUCGUUUCAGCAAUAUUCCAAGAACAUGAAAAAUGUGGGCUUCAAGAAAUUGAAUACAUUACAAACAGUAACCCUUGGCUAUGUAGUCGAAGGUUGUCUCCUUACGGGGAAUUGUUUAAAGUUGGGUAUAUCAGGAUCCAAGAACACGGUUUGAGUGACAGAGAAAACCGAUUAAUUUACGCCAAGAAACCAGCUUGCACCGUCAUGGGUGGCAGCUUUGAUUCAGUCAAUAUGGUGGACUUUUAUCCUGUCUGUUUGAUAUUGCUCUACGGAAUGAUUUUGGCUUUCCUACUCCUUGGAGUCGAAAUUUUCGUUCACCGAAAACAAAUGAAAAUACGUAAUCAAUUACGAGUAGAAUAA